AUGUUUCAAACAUAUAGCGUGAUUAUAACAAAUAUAAAAUAUAAAACAAGGAAUUAUUUAUAUAAUCAUGGAUGGUUACCUUGUUCAUUAAGAAAAGAACCAAUUUUAUAUAUGAUCGAUACACAGAAAUUAAUGGCAGUAUGGGAAACUAAUUGUAUAUUAGAUAAUGUUAGGAUUCAAUGGUAUGAAAAAUCAAUUGAUAAUGAAAUCAACAGAUCAGAUAUUUUAGAGCCAAUAGAGAUAGAUAAUUCACAUUAUGUAUAUAAAGGAAUAAUAGGACCUAUUACAUCAAAUGGAUAUUAUGAAUUUGAGAUUAUACAUUCUUUAUAUACAAAAAUUAUUUCAUCAUAUUUUCAAUUCUUUCCUUCAAUUCCUGAUGAUCCUAAUUCAACGUAUCCAAUUCAAAUUAUUGCAUUUGCAGAUAAUCAAUUCGGAUUAAGUGUUUUUAAUCGACUUGUUCAAUCAGCAUCACAAAAAACUUCACCGAAUUUUAUAAUACAUGCGGGUGAUGGUGUACAAGAAUAUAAUAAUUUACAACAAUGGCAGACAGAUUUUUAUGAUCCUUUGGCAAAUUAUAAAUUAACAAAACAUGCACCAAUAAUUUACGCUCAUGGUAAUCAUGAUUUUGAUCCAAAAAAUUUAUACAAUUAUACGACAGAUACAUCUUGGUAUUCACUUACGAUUGCCAAUACGCGUUGGAUUGUGUUAGAUAGUAAUAUAGAUGAUAUUAACCAAGAUUUAUGGUUAUCUAAUGAACUUUCCUCACCUGAAACACAAAAUAAAGAUUUUAAAAUAGUAAUAGUACAUAUUCCACCUUUUAUGGAAUUUUGGGAUCCUAUCGCUUGGAAUGAAAAAAAAGAAAAGCAUUGGGGUGAAUUCGUUCGAACAAGAUUUGCACCAUUAUUUAAUAAAUAUGGGGUAGAUUUAGUAAUUAGUGGACAUCAACACAAUUAUCAACGUGGACAAUCUAAUGGUACAGUUUACACCAUUAUUGGUGGAGCAGGAGGUGAAUUAGAUUUUGAUAGAGUAGAAGAUUGGUCUAUUUAUAAUGUUGUAAGAAAAACUCAUCAUUAUAUUUCAAUAGAAAUUUGGUCGGAUAAAAUAAUUUGGAAAGCAUAUAAUCUUGAAGGAUUCAUAAUAGAUAGUUUUGAAUUAAGAAAAGGAUCAUAG